CGUGACCGCCAUGGAGGCGGUGGCGGGGACGCUGAGCGGCCGCCUCCUCCCCCCGGCCGGCCCGGCCCGCCCCGCCUCCCCCCGCCCGCGCCCUGUGCUCCGGAGUCGCUAGCGGCGCAGCCCGGGCUCCGCGGCGCCGAGCCGGCCGGCGGGGGAGGCCAUGGACUGAGGGGCAUCAUGGGCGCCAAGGAGUCCCGCAUCGGCUUCCUCAGCUACGACGAGGCCCUGCGAAGGGAGCCUCUCAGGGAUGCCAUGUCAGAUAAGAAAUGGAGCAACGUACUGUCAAGCAGAAGAACCAAACAUGUGAUUCAAACUCACUUUCGUUAAAAAUUUUAAACAUAACUGCAUUGAAGAAUUUCACUUCUAGUGAAAGCAGAGAAAGUCUUUGAAAGCGAUGGUGUUUAUCCUUUUGGAAGAGCUGGAUCCAUACGUGUAACUUGGUAGAGGUGUGAAGUUGAAUGUAACAGGAAGUGUUUAAAAUAAGCCCUUUGGUGUAAAAUACAUUCAUCUGGUCAAGAUGUAUAUUCCAAAGUUCAUAAAUAAGAAGAAACAGAUGUUUUGAAUUCUGAUGUUAGAUUCAAACUCACAUACUGCUUCAAAAUCCAAGAUGUUGAUCUGGAUGUUUCGUAAUUAAAAGUUUACUUGACAUAAAAAUAACAAUGAUUCUUUGAAAAGUUAUUUAAAAUUGUUUCUUGCACAGCGAAUGUAAUAUUUUUCUUUGAUGUUAUUCUGUUUGUAUGAGGCAUUCGAUACUAUUUUUCUGUAGGAGAACAGAAAGGUUGUUUUAGGCUUUCUAAUAUAAAUGGAUGUUUUGCUAAAUAACUACACUGCUUACUUAACCAGUGAAGGAUUGUAUGUAUAAAACAGGCUAGUUAUCAAAACAUUAUUUGUUAGGCCAUUCUUACUUGCAGGGAACCAUGCUGGUACUCGUGGCAUUUCUGUGAACACAAGCAGCGAUAAUGGAUAAACAUAAACAUUAAAAAAAAAAAGCUAAAUAUAUUUAUGUCUAGUUAGAUCUGCCUUCUCUAACAUUGUGUCAUUAGAUGCUGAGAAGGUUUUAUAUUAGGUGAUACUGUACGUAUUCCUCAACUGUGGAUUCUUCAUAUGUAAUCAAUAGUGGUUAUCAGUACUUGUAGAAGUAGUAAUCAUUCAGAAUGUCGUGAUCAUAUUUUUGAAACGCUAGUUUUAAUUUCAGUUGUUCAGAAUAUCUAGAAAAAUGCAGUGGGCGCUGCUGCUUCUGUAGGCUUCAGAAAAGACGGCUGACUUUCGAGUUGGGAAUGGCUGCAAUUUUAUUUAUUGCAGUUCCAUUUUGGGAGUAACCAAAGGUUGGGAAGGUGAGGAUAGUCUUUGUGGUUAAGCACUCACAAUAUAAAUAACUGUAGCUAAAAUGUAACUUCUAUUCAAGGAGGUGAAAAUGCGAGAGCAGUCUCAUGUUAAUGGCCCUUUUCACCCAAGAGCAUGAGACAGAACUGCAAUGUUUUAGGUUUUUCCCUGCUGGUUGGCACAGCCAGCUGACUGCGCUGGGGAUGACGUGGCCCUGUGAACGGGCGUGUUGAAAUUGCCUGUGUCCACCAGAGCAGGCCACGCUGAGUCUUGUUGAUCUCCCUUUUUCCCCUCAUGCCCUGUAAAACCUGUGUCUGGUUGCGUAGUUUGGGGCUGAAAAGUACGGGAUGCUAUUUUAGAUGUCUCUUAUCUCGUUAUGAAGAUUGCCAAAUUAUAGCCAUCUUAUUUAUAGUAGCCAGGGGUGCUGCUUUGCCUGUUGCCGUGGAGCAGGUUUGGUUCUGAACUUGUGGUGAGGGCUCUUUGUGACCCUGUACUCCUCCUUCUGAGGACGGCUGCUUUGAGAGGAGGUGAAAUUCACGGGCAGGUCCUUAUGGAUGAAGUAAAAGAAGCGCUUUAUUCCAAACUGGGCAUAUGGUGUCGGUUAUUUUGUAAAACUAAGUUUGUGACGGCAUAAGCUAGUAAUGUGGAUCUUAAAUUCAUUGUUUUUUUCUUACCCUAAGCUCCAAGAGCAGUUGCCUCCUGUACUGUCGGUCUGUCCAUCCCACUGCCUGGCUGCUCUUUCUGAGCACUGCCCGGGGUUAGGCCUUGCCGUAUGCCAAGGCUCUAGAGUCUGCUUUAUCUUGUUCUGCUGGCAGCCUUGAACUGACUCCUUAGAGGGCUGUCUUUGGGCCAAUAAAAGGAGGAACUUUCUAUUACUGUUGUAUUAGCUCCAGCACAGUAGCUCCUGUGUUAUGCUGUGUUGUGUGUAGAAUAUUUUAAUAAGGAUUCCCCAGGAAAGAGGUGGCUAUGUGGUAUUGACAGCCAAUUUAUUUAGAUCCCUAAGGACUGUAUUUUCCAGUGAUUGUUCAUGUGUUCUGCUUAAGUAACUUUUAGAAUAUAAUCACAGACUGAGCAUAAAUUUAUUAAGGUGCUUGAAAAUGAUGAGAUUAUAGAACCUACAGUCUAAGUUUCUAUGAAUGCUACUUAGAGCAGGUCAUUCUAACUCAGACCAUUUUCACCUUAUGUAUGCUAAAUAUUUAGUCAGGUAGCCACUUAAACGAAAGAGGUGUCAGUGAACAAUGGAUCUGUCAAAUUUGUGUGAUAGAGGAAGGCGGAGUUUUCUCUCUGCUUAAAGCACAAUGAAUUUUUGUUACGUGUUUGCUGGGAUGGCGGAAGGGGGAACUGCCACAGCAUCAGUGUGACCAGCGAGUGUACUUUUUGGAGAAAUGAGGGCUGCUGAUAGAUCCAUUACAUUGUGGAUUGUUCUGUGCACAAUGAUCUCUGAGAAAAAGAGGAACAACAAAAAUAGUGUAUUUAAAAAAAAAAUGUACCUGCAAUUAAAACACCAGCUAAUAAUGAGGCAAAACUUGCAGGUGUAUCAAUUUCACAGGAUUUGCCUCUGGAGAGGUCAUGAAAUAGUAGUUUUUGAAGACAGUUUUCUGUAUAUCUCAAAGAUGCUACCAAUUACAGAACAACAAGCCUGUCGAAGCACUGAAAACCCAUUUUAAUCCACUAAAAGGUUAGUUAGUAUGCUUUCCAGCAAAGACUAAUGUGACGUGAUGGACAGGGGAUAAAUCUUGCUAAUGACCUUUUGUGUCUUGAUUGAAUUUGAAAAAUAGCUACAUUUGUUUUAUUUAAAUCAAGGCAUAUAUAUUUGAUGUCUGAUCAUUAACAUCCUCAAGCGUACAGAUGUAAUAAAUCUGACAAACGGAUGAUGGAAAACCUGUGCAAAUAUGCAGUCAUCUAUUUGAGGUUGUCUUGGUCUCUACCUGGUGACAAAAUCCAUGGGCUCAGCCCUUGAGCCCAUACAAGACUACUUUUUAUUAUGCCAGAAUACGAAAUUAACUUUUUAAAUCGCAGAUGCAUUUUUAGGAAAAAUGAUCAGGGAGCCAUUUUACUGGUUUAUUCUCCUCUUUCUGUAUCCCACAAAGGCAGUUGCUCUGCUUUUUUUUCUCUCCUAUCUGAAAAACAGUGCUUGAACAACACCAUAGGUAGGUGAAUGUUCUUCAGUAUAUGUUGUUUUCUAGAAGUGUAAACCCGUGCCCUUCUGUUUAAGAAGCUUUGAUUUUUGAGACGCAUGUGAUGAAAAUACUUAAAUCUCUCUCAGCUUGCUUUUUUUUUUUAGCUAUCAGAAUGAAUAGGAUCCACUGUUGAGACAGUCUGGAUCAUACAGCGAGACUUGUUCUGUCAGCCAGUAUGUGAUGGCUGUAGGGCUCUGUCAUAUGAUGAAAGCAGGUAUGAAUGCAUAGCUUCAUACUUCCUGUUUAUAGAUCUGUAGAGCUGCAAGGAGCCACUCAAACUCACCGAGCAGUAAUUAUUUCACAACUUUGGCAUUCGGUUCUGAUGCUUGUUUUGGGAGGAUACCUCGGUAGUCUCUGCUGAAUGUGUACUACAAUUCACUAGUGGCUCGGGGAAUUCUACUACAGCUUCCACGAACUGAUGAAAAGAGGCUGCUGUUAGAAGAGAGGUUGUUUAGCUGUGAUUUUUCAUGUGCUAAGUUGCAGUGACCACUUUCUCUUCUUGUACUUCAGGUUCCAAGUUUAGAGAAGUGUACUCAGUGGUUUUCAGCCUCUUCUUAUAACUGCCCAAGUUAUUUCCUAUUGGAAAUGAGGAACAUUUGUAUAGUGAACUUGUCAACUAACAUUACAGACAUAGAGCUAAAGCGACUGAAAGAUGCUUUCAAGAGAACUUGUGGACUCUCGUAUUAUAUGACUCAACAGUGCUUCAUCAGGGAAGUUCUUGGCGAUGGAGUCCCCCCAAAAGUUGCUGAGGUUAUCUACUGUUCAUUUGGAGGAAUAUCCAAAGGGCUGCACUUCAAUAACUUGAUAGUCGGAUUAGUUCUACUUACAAGAGGCAAAGAGGAAGAGAAAGCAAAAUACAUCUUCAGUCUCUUUUCUAAUGAAUCUGGGAGUUAUGUUGUCCGUGAAGAGAUGGAGAAGAUGCUGCAUGUGGUUGACGGGAAGGUCCCAGAGUCACUCAAGAAAUGUUUCUCUGAGGGUGAAAAGGUAAACUAUGAGAAGUUCAGGGUUUGGCUGUUGCACAACAAAGAUGCUUUCACGUUUUCCCGCUGGCUGCUGUCUGGAGGUGUGUAUGUGACACUGACCGACGACAGCGAUACCCCCACCUUCUACCAAACCCUGGCUGGAGUCACACACUUGGAAGAAUCCGACAUCAUCGAUCUCGAAAAACGAUACUGGCUGCUAAAAGCUCAAUCAAGAACUGGACGUUUUGAUUUGGAAACGUUUGCCCCCUUAGUUUCCCCUCCCAUCCACCCGUCUCUGAGUGAAGGUUUGUUUAAUGCUUUUGAUGAAAACCGAGACAAUCACAUAGAUUUUAAAGAAAUUUCCUGUGGGCUCUCAGCAUGUUGCCGGGGACCCCUGGCAGAAAGACAGAAGUUUUGCUUCAAGGUUUUUGACAUCGACCGGGAUGGUGUGUUGUCUCGCACUGAACUUAAAGAAAUGGUGGUUGCACUUUUAGAGGUCUGGAAAGAUAACCGUACUGAUAAAAUACCUGAAUUGGACAUGGAUUUGUCUGAAAUUGUAGAAGAUAUUUUGAAUAUGCAUGAUACCACAAAGCUGGGACACCUCACUCUGGAGGACUACCAGAUAUGGAGCGUGAAGAGUGCACUUGCCAACGAGUUUUUAAAUCUACUUUUUCAGGUAUGCCAUAUAGUUUUGGGGCUACGACCAGCCACUCCAGAAGAGGAAGGACAGAUUAUUAGGGGCUGGUUAGAAAGAGAAAGCAGGUACGGCCUUCAGCCGGGGCACAACUGGUUUCUUAUUGCGAUGCCAUGGUGGCACCAGUGGAAAGAAUAUGUCAAAUAUGAUGCAGACCCUGUUGUGAUAGAGCCUUCAUCUGUCUUGAGUGGAGGUAAGAACUCGCUCGUAGCUGCCGCAGCCAAUACUUCAGAACAGGGAGAAGACAAAGUGGGAGGUCUUAAUUACUUCAGUGCAACAGAAGAAAAGUUUUCAGAUAAUAUUUCUACUGCAUCAGAAGCCUCAGAGUCUACUAGCAGCAAUACUCUGUACCCUGGCACACCAGGGACUGAUGUGUGUUUUGCUAAGCAGCAUAAUACUUCGGACAAUAAUAACCAGUGUUUCCUUGGAACCAAUGGGAGUAAUUUGCUACAACUUAAUCCUCAGAAACCAGGAGCUAUCGAUAACCAACCCCUCGUAACACAAGAACCAGUGAAGGCUGCAUCAUUAACAAUGGAGGGCGGAAGAUUAAAGCGAUCUCCACAGCUCGUUGAAGGAAAGGACUACGUAAUGGUACCAGAACCCGUCUGGAGAGCACUUUACCAUUGGUACGGAGCGAAUCUGUCCCUGCCCAGGCCGGUGAUCAAAAACAGCAAAACAAACGUGCCCGAGCUGGAGUUAUUUCCUCGGUACCUGCUCUUCCUGCGACAGCAGCCGGCCGCUCGCACGCAGCAGUCCAACAUCUGGGUCAAUAUGGGUAUGAUGAGCCUGAGAAUGUUUCCUCAGCAUUUACCUAGAGGGAACGUACCUUCACCGAAUGCUCCUUUAAAAAGGGUGUUGGCUUACACAGGCUGCUUCAGUCGAAUGCAGACUAUUAAAGAGAUACACGAAUAUCUCUCCCAGAGGCUACGGAUAAAAGAAGAAGAUAUGCGUCUCUGGUUAUACAAUAGUGAGAACUAUCUUACUUUGCUGGAUGAUGAAGAUCACAGACUGGAGUAUCUUAAAAUCCAAGAUGAGCAGCAUUUAGUAAUAGAAGUUCGAAACAAAGACAUGAGCUGGCCAGAAGAGAUGUCUUUUAUAGCCAACAGCAGUAAAAUAGACCGACAUAAAGUUCCUACUGAAAAGGGUGCUACCGGAUUAAGCAACCUGGGGAACACGUGUUUCAUGAACUCCAGUAUCCAGUGCGUCAGUAACACCCAACCGCUCACUCGGUAUUUCAUCUCAGGAAGACAUCUUUAUGAACUUAACAGGACAAAUCCAAUAGGAAUGAAAGGACACAUGGCCAAGUGCUAUGGGGAUUUGGUGCAGGAGCUGUGGAGUGGAACUCAGAAGAAUAUAGCACCGUUAAAGUUGCGGUGGACAAUAGCAAAAUAUGCUCCAAGAUUUAAUGGCUUUCAACAGCAAGACUCACAGGAGCUUCUGGCUUUUCUUUUGGAUGGUCUUCACGAAGAUUUGAACAGAGUUCAUGACAAGCCGUAUGUGGAACUGAAAGACAGCGAUGGUCGGCCAGACUGGGAGGUAGCAGCAGAGGCCUGGGAAAACCAUUUGAGAAGAAAUAGAUCCAUUGUUGUAGAUUUAUUUCAUGGGCAGCUGAAGUCACAAGUCAAAUGUAAAACUUGCGGACAUAUAAGCGUUAGAUUUGACCCUUUUAAUUUUUUAUCCUUGCCUUUGCCAAUGGACAGCUACAUGCACCUAGAAAUUACAGUAAUUAAAUUAGAUGGUACUACUCCUGUUCGGUAUGGCCUGAGAUUGAACAUGGAUGAAAAGUAUACGGGUUUGAAAAAACAGUUAAGCGAACUUUGUGGGCUAAAACCAGAACAGAUUCUACUUGCAGAAGUGCAUAGCUCCAACAUAAAGAACUUUCCUCAAGACAACCAGAAAGUCCGGUUAUCAGUGAGUGGGUUUUUGUGUGCGUUUGAAAUUCCAAUUCCAGGAUCCCCUACGUCAGCUUCAAGUCCCGUGCAGACAGAUGUCUCAACUGGGCCGUCAGCUAAUGGAGCACCCAACAUCAUCAUGAAUGGGGACCUUCCCAAACCAACCCUGAUUCCCAACGGAAUGCCAAAUACUGUAGUGCCAUGUGGGACAGAGCGUAACGUCGCCGGCUGGGCUCUCAACGGCCACGUGCCAUCGCUCGCUGACAGCCCGUGUACGGGGUAUAUCAUUGCAGUGCACAGAAAAAUGAUGCGGACAGAGUUAUAUUUUCUUUCAUCUCAGAAGAAUCGACCUAGUCUCUUUGGAAUGCCACUGAUCGUUCCGUGCACGGUUCACACACGGAAGAAGGAUCUAUAUGAUGCCGUGUGGAUCCAGGUGUCGCGGCUCGCCAGCCCGCUCCCGCCACAGGAGGCCAGUAACCACGCACAGGACUGUGAUGACAGCAUGGGGUACCAGUAUCCCUUCACCCUCAGGGUCGUCCAGAAGGAUGGAAAUUCUUGUGCUUGGUGUCCAUGGUACAGAUUUUGCCGUGGCUGUAAGAUCGAGUGCACAGAAGAUCGAGCUUGUGUUGGGAACGCGUACAUCGCUGUGGACUGGGACCCAACUGCACUCCAUCUGCGCUACCAGACCUCGCAAGAACGGAUUGUAGAGGAACACGAAAGUGUUGAGCAAAGCCGCCGAGCGCAAGCAGAGCCCAUCAAUCUGGACAGUUGUCUCAGAGCCUUCACCAGUGAGGAGGAGCUGGGCGAGGAUGAGAUGUAUUACUGCUCCAAGUGCAAGACCCACUGUCUGGCCACCAAAAAACUGGAUCUUUGGAGACUUCCCCCUAUUUUGAUCAUUCACCUGAAAAGAUUUCAGUUUGUAAAUGGCCGCUGGAUAAAAUCUCAGAAAAUUGUUAAAUUCCCCAGAGAAAAUUUUGACCCAAGUGCCUUUUUGGUACAAAGGGACCCAAGUCAUUUGCAAAGAAAGCAGCUCCUGCUCCCGGCCGAGAGUCCUGAACCACGGGCUCCCGCAGGGGAGCCGAGGAAAACAGACCUGCAGGUCACUUACGCAGCAGGAGAGGGAGACGCGCUGAACAGGAGCCCGUCCUCCCUCAGCACUACUGUCUUGAAUAAUAUCAAAGCAUCUCCGUCUCUGGGGAGGAAGAGUGGAGCCAGCUGUCCUUCAAGUAAAACCAGUAGCCCAAAUAGUAGCCCAAGGACUUUAGGAAGAGGUAAAGGGCGUCUGCGGCUGCCGCAGCUGGGUAAAAACAAACUGUCGAGUAGCAAAGAAAAUUUGGAUGCAAGUAAAGAGAACGGUACAGACCAGGAGCAGAGGUUGUCCGCUGAGCAAGGUGAUGCUCUGACCAGAGGGCAGAGCUUGGGCGGUAGCCAGAGUGAACUGUUCACUGCUCAGGACAGCGAGGUGACCCUGGCCAACGGAUACAUCUGUGAGCAGAACACCUACAGCAACGGCAGCAUCAACGGGCAGAUCGAGAACCACAGCGAGGACGAUAUCGCCGAUGACCAAAGAGAAGACUUGUGUGUUAACCCUAUUUACAAUCUAUAUGCAAUUUCGUGCCAUUCAGGAAUUAUGGGAGGGGGUCAUUAUGUCACUUAUGCCAAAAACCCGAACAACAAGUGGUACUGCUACAAUGACAGUAGCUGUAAGGAAUUGCAUCCCGAUGAAAUCGACACCGACUCUGCCUACAUUCUUUUCUACGAGCAGCAGGGGGUAGACUAUGCACAAUUUCUGCCAAAGAUCGACGGCAAGAAGAUGGCAGACACGAGCAGCAUGGACGAGGAUUUUGAGUCGGACUAUAAGAAAUACUGCGUUUUGCAGUGAGCAGAUAACCUUCCGGGGGCUGUUCUGGGAGCGUGAGGGAUGACAUCCUGCAGCUUGCUUUUGGCGAAAAUGUUCUUGAAACGGAUGACUUAAGUGUAGUUAUUGUACCCGGUGAUCUGAAAGCACAAAAGGAAAACCCUAAUUAAAUAGAAGUUAAUAUAAAGAUAGUAUUGUUUUGUUCUGUUAUCUCACUACAUGCUCUAAACAUUUCUGAUGUCAGACAUCAGGCUGAGACUGCCAUUGGCCUUUAAACAAAAUGGUUUGAGAAAAGCCGACUAGGACCAAAUAAGAGCUAAAUUAAAUAGUCCAAAUAAGAGCUAAACGAAGUAGUGUAAAGUUUACCAACUGUUCUAACAAACCCCUAAGGUUCUCUUUAGGUUUAAGAUAACGGGGAAAAUAAAAAUUGUAGUGUUGUCUUUGGACAACGUGAUAUUGCUACCUCCUUUUUCCUGCAGUUUUAUUGCAUUUUAUUGGCAAAACAGGGAAAGAAAGAGAGUGAGAAGUGCACAAAUGGAAAGAAUUAUCAUCAAGAGUAGAAGUUUCCAGUUUUGCCACCACUAAUGUGUGUCGGUUGCUUUCUUUCUGUAUGUUGGGAGCACAACCAAAUCAUCAUUUGAGGAGAGAUUAAUUUCUACACUUGAAUGGCUUAUGAUAAUGGUUUUCUCCAUGUGUUGGCUGUGCAGAUCAACAUAUUUCAGGAACGGCUUUUCUGCCUGGAGAGAGUCGUCUCAACCUUCCGAGAUGCCUCACAGAGAAACUUCAGGUUGAAGAGAGUAGUUGUGAUUACGCGAGCGGUAUCUUAACGUGCACAUUGCACAAGGUGUUCCCAGGUUUUGGAAGGAAAGAUGCUUGAGCUGAUGUUUCAUGACUGGUGUUGCUUUUGAAUUUGCACUUUUAAAAAGUCGUAUAAUUGAAUUCAAAACCAUAGUUUGUUUUUUGUUGUUGUAAGGGCUCUGGAGUGAAUGGCUGUGAAUUAUCCACUGUGUAUUUCAACCGAAUACGGAGCCGUGGCUGUCGGGUAGCUGUCGUAGCAUUCAUGGAUGGUUUGUUUAGCGGUUUCAUAAUUUAAUGGAGUUGCUUUUUUUCAGAAUUUGGUUGCCUUUUCAAAUUCUCUUUUUUUGCAGCAGGUUAUUUCUAUACUUGCAAUUAAACCGGAAUUGCUUUCCCUGCCCUCGCAACAUGCUCUUGGAAGUCGAUGGGCUCAUUGCAUGAAGGAAAGCAUGGCCGAGUCUUGGCAGACACUGGAAAAAAGAUUCCUUUAAACCUUUUCAGUGUUAAAUUGUUUGCAUAUCUGAAUGACGAUACAAGUUUCACUCUUUCGGGCAUUUGUUCUUCAGCUGAGUCUAAGGAGCUCACUAAUUUUGCCAUAUGUCAUCUUCCAAAUUCUUUAGAUGUGUUUAUCUUCACUAACAAAAUCGACGCUUACGUGGUUGAUCUCUGAAAUAGAAGUUUGGAUUCAUUUUAAUGUGGUUUACGAGAAUGCCCAACCUACCGAUGGGUUGAUGAUUUCCAGUUUUAUCCAUUUAGGAAGUUGUCUUUGCUCGGGCAGAUCCCCCCGUGCCUCUGGUGGAGGUCGCGCCGCAGCAGAUCAGCUCCAGAACAAGUGGUGUCCUACUUGGGAAGUGUCGCUCCCAUCCUACGUGGUCUUUUAUCUUUAAAAUGGCCUAAACAUUGACACUGAAGCGAAGCAAACCUGACUCGUGGAUUUCUAGGUUAGAAGCUUUUUCAAUACCCGUUUGUCUACUCCUCCCUACGCAAACUCCAUGAAAAGUGAAAGAUUUUCAACUGAUUUACUUUAAAAUGUUUUAUUUAAGCAGGUAGCACAAUCUACUAAUGUUAUUUGAUCUUCUGUGUUUGUUCUAUUGGUUGUAAUUAAUUUUUUAAAUUAAAUUAAUUCAUGAAUUAGUAGUAAAUUUAUUAAGUUAACUAUUAACUACAUUCACUUUGUAAAUUAUUGUAUAAAACUUAUUGACAAUGCACUGACUUUAGAAAGAUGUUAAUGUACAUAAAUACCUUGUAAAUAAAAUAGUGUUGAUGUACUGGAAUAUGAGCUGUAUUAAAAAAAGGUAUCGGUAAUUGUAUAUGGAGUGAACCUGUUUAUCUGUAACUAUAUUAUUCAAACAAAUUAAAUACUGUGGAUGCA